AUGGUUUCCGUUGUCACAAUAAAGAUUGUACCCUGGAUUAUUGUAGCCACACUCUUCACGCUGCUUUCCUCUUACCAGAAAUGGGAAUCUUACGGCCGGACCUUCGGGGCUACAUUUUUCGCUGCACAGACAUCGUCCGGUGGUGCUGCUGCAGGUGCAAUUGAGACGUUGUCCGCAAAGAUUGCAGGGCUUAGUAGAGAAGAAAAGCUAAUGGCCACUAUGAUCAAUCUCCAGAUUUCAAUUUUUUUUUCUUGUUCUUCUAAUGAGUUUUCAGGAAUUGCUUUGAGAAUGACACCUAAUGGUGGGGUAUGGAGAAAAAAGCAGAAAGGCAUGGCAUCAGAUAUUGAUGAUUCCUGCACCAUUCUUAAAAUAGUUCCCUUAGAGCUGCUGUGUCUCCCCAGCAUAACGGCGGACAUCUCGUUUCAAGAAAUCCAUAAUUCGCUGGCAGAUGGCUUUGAACUCAUAUGGGGGAUGGAACUGAAGGCAUUUGUAGAUGCAGUAGAAGAGUUUCUACAAACAAACAAGGGACUCAUGCCAAAACAUGCCAUUGGCAUUAUCCUCUUGUUUCCUUUCCUCCUUUGUCGGUGUCGUCGAAGGCAUUUAUCGAGGCAUGAUACAAUAGAAGAUUUCCAACAAGCAAACAACAACCUCAUGCCCAUUAGGUACUCAUACAAAGAAAUAAAGACAAUGACAAACAAUUUUGAGGAGAAACUAGGUGAAGGAGGCUAUGGUUUGGUUUGCAAAGGCAAAUUGCGUAGUGGUCACAUAGUUGCUGUCAAGAUGCUGAACAAAUCAAAAGCUAAUGGCCAAGAAUUCAUCAAUGAAGUUGCAGCUAUUGGAAGAAUACACCAUGUGAACGUGGUUCGGUUAGUGGGAUUUUGUGUUACUGCCUCAAAACAUGCUCUAGUGUAUGAUUACAUGCCAAAUGGCUCUCUGGACAAGUUAAUUUUCUCAAAUUUUUUGGACUUUGGACUUGCAAAACUUUACCCGAUGCAAAAGAGUAUUGCAACUCUUACUACUGCGAGAGGAACUUUAGGUUACAUGGCCCCGGAGUUGUUCUACAAAAAGAUUGGAAGAGUCUCACACAAGACAGACGUUUACAGCUAUGAAAUGUUAAUAAUGGAGAUGGUUGGGAGGAGGAGAAAUGUGGAUGCUCAUGCUGAGCAUUCUAGUCAAAUAUACUUCCCUUCAUGGAUAUAUGACAAAUUCGAUCAAGUGGAGGAAAUGGAAAUCGGAGAUCAUGCAACUGAAGAAGAAAAGACAAUUACACGAAAAUUAAUUUUGAUUGCCUUGUGGUGCAUACAGAUGACACCUGAGGAUCGUUCUUCGAUGAGAGAAGUUUUAGAAAUGCUUGAAGGUGAUGCUAGUGAUCUAAAGUUGCCUCCUGAACCAUUGUUUUACCCUGUGGAUUCACCCAUAUCCAUGCAAAGAAACAACAAUAGUAGUUCUCCUGAUGAGUCAACGGCACCCCUGUGUAGCUCUGUGUCUUUAGAAAUAGAGCAGAUGGAAGACUCAGGAGUACUAGUACUUCCAGUGAAAACUUUGCAGUGGAUUUGUCCUUCAAACUCUUAA